AUGAGGUACUCUUCGAUUAUCCUGGCUAUGGGCCUAGGCCUCGUCACAUCCGUAACGGCCCAAGUCGAAACAGCACGAAUUAUAGGCUCCCUCAAAAACGCCCAGCGUACUGGUGCCUUCCAAGAGUGUAUUUCCUUCUCGUCGGCAAUCCUAAACGAGAAUCCUGUUACUGAGACUGUAACCUCUACAACCACCGAAGUGGCCACAACCAUUACUCCCGGGGCCGGAGGGACGGGGAAUAAUAACAAGCGGGAUUUCGUCAAUUUCAACCGUCGGAAUGUACAGCUGCCGGGCUACGCACCAGAUAAAUGCGUGGGGAGCGUUACAGCUCGUUACUGGAGUGCCUGUUCUUGUCUUAUACGGUCUUCAUCUCGCAUUGGAAUCACAGUAACCAUCCCGACAGUCACUGUAACAGCUACUAGUUGGUCGACUAUCCCAGCUACUGCCACAGCCCUCGCCACCAAUGCACCUCCAUUUAAGAUAUCCUUUGUGGAUGGAAAUGGUAUCAGCCAAUACUUGUCCAUGCAAGCAGAAGAAUCAGGCGAAUUUGGAGCCCAGGAUGCCAUCUUCACCUCAGAUUCCGGGGAAGCGGUGCAAUUCAAGGUGGUUGCUGACGGAAAACUUGCCGAUGUUGCCACUGGAAAAAUAAUUCACUGUGAUAUGGCUGGUACUCCGGUGGCGUUUACUUGCGCCUUCUUCGAUAGUCAACAAGAAUCUAUAGCGGGAAAGGCGCCAAUGAAGUGUGCACGCACUGGAACCUCUGAACUUAAAUGUAGCAUUCCAACGGGAGAUUACCCUGUAUGGGCUAUUCUUGGAGGUGGUACCCGUCGAAUGAGACGUAAACUUCAAAGGCGAGCAGACGAGACACCUAAGUUUGGCAUCCUCCCGAACGCAGAGGCAUUGGCAGAAUUCAUUGAAGCUGGAAUCAACAUCGCCGGAGCACUGUUGAACAAUAUUGACGUUACCAACCUUCCGAGUAAUACGACGACGACAUCGAGUGGACCAACAGCUACAACUACAUCUCUGUCAGAGACUACUACUGCUACCACAGAGUCUGAGUCUGAUACUAGUACUACUACAGCGGCGCCCCCAUCCUCUACAACAGAGCCCGAGGAGUCCGAGACCACCACAACGGCGCCAUCAUCUACCACAAGUGAAGAGCCUGAACCUACUUCAACGGUGUCACCAUCUACCGCAAGUGAAGAGCCUGAACCUACUACAACGGUGCCAUCAUCUACCGCAAGUGAAGAGCCUGAACCUACUUCAACGGUGCCAUCAUCUACCGCAAGUGAAGAGCCUGAACCUACUUCAACGGUGCCAUCAUCUACCGCAAGUGAAGAGCCUGAAUCUCCUACAACGGUGCCGCCAUCUUCUACAAUAGAAUCCGAAGGGUCAACUACCACCACACCAGCGCCUCAAUCAACUACGACGGAGCCUGAUGAGGAGCCCGAGACCCCUCCUAUAAUUUCCCUUACCUAA